UUGUCUUGUGUUAGCUAGCACUAGCAACUGCUAGCAUUAUUGUGUCUGUGUCGCUUGGCAACGCCUUAAAAUUAGCCAUUAAACACCAAUUUGAGAGUAAAAUGGCUGAUGUGGAUGAAACUCUGAAGAGGAUUCAGAGCCAGAAAGGCGUUCAGGGAGUCAUCAUUGUGAACUCUGAAGCUGCAGGGCGACUCGCUUUCUUUUGACUAGUGUAGAAAAGCUGAGAGUUGUUGAGGCCGGUACAGUCAUGAGGAGCAGCAUCACAUGCUUCAUGUUUCUUCUCAGUGUAUCCAGCAGUGAAACUGGAGGAAUCCCCAUCAAGACGACUCUGGACAACUUGAGCACGGUUCAGUACGCCGGACUCAUCCAGCAGCUGGUUCUGAUGGCCAGGAGCACGGUGCGAGAGCUGGACCCCCAGAACGACCUGACCUUCCUGCGAGUCCGCUCCAAAAAGAAUGAAAUCAUGAUCGCUCCAGAUAAGGACUACUUCCUGAUCGUCAUCCAGAAUCCUUCAGCCUGACACCCCGUCAGCUUUUUCCUCUCCCUCAUGUGUCCCAUUCAAACAUCUAAGUUAUCUCUUUUUCGUUUUGCACAAGAACUAAAAGACAAGAAAAUGUCAGAGAGUUAAACAAAGAAGCAGCGGAUUCCUACAAAUUUGGUUUUGUGUUUUUCUGCAUUAGCAUCUGCCUUCUUUGUGUCUGAGGCCUGCAGCUCGGCCUGCAGCUCGGCCUGCAGCGUUUCUCUCAGUCUUCACAUCGUCUUUUAGUCUCACAAAAAUGUUCUACAUAUUGUCUGUAAAAAGACAAAAAAGUAAAUAAAAUGUUUCAAAAUGUCAGAAAA